AUGCUGAGCAAAUCUUGCGGUGUUGUUGUAAAUGGCAAUCACACAGAUAUUGUUGUAAAUGUACACUCAAACCGUAUUUUCAUAGUCAUAUCGCAGUAUGAAAAACUCGGAUCUAUUGUAACUGUUUGCCGAGACGCAGCGGUUCAAGGUUUCAACAACACUACCGUGUAUGACACAAAAGUAAUUUUUGGAAAGGACGAGCCUGAAAUUCUUUCGGCUACGCGUCACGUUGCUGAACAACUGAGUGCCGAUAAGCCUUUGUUAAUUUCAAUUUGUUUAAAAGACUAUGAAGUGACAACUGUCCGACAAAUAGCUCAAGUUGUAAAGAAAAUAAUACAUUGA